UCGAACAGAGUAAAUAUUCCCAAGUGUUGUAUCCUCAAAUAAAAAUUUAAAAAAAAAAAAUGCAUUUAAUAUUUUUGCAUUGUAUUAUAUUAUCAUUUAUUAAAAAUACAAUUGCCUGGAGAUUAGGUGAAGAAUUACACUGGCUACCAAAUCUCGAAUGGACAACAAAAAAUAAUUGGAUUAAUGAAAAUAUUCCAACAUUAAAUAGUAGAAUUUUAUUUCCAUUAGAAAUGAAACAUUCUGUUGGAUUUCCAUUAACUGGAAAAUUUAUUUUAACUGGAAUUGAUUUACCAAGAGAUGGAUCAUUACUAUUACCAAAUGAUGGCAGUGUAAAGUUUAGUAAUUCAAAUGAUAAAAAAUUAAUAAAAAAUGUAUCAAAGUGGAAAUGGAGUGGUCCAUUUUACUGGGUCGAUCCAAAUAAUUGGAACAAUACAAAUUUAGCAAUGCCACAUUUUGAAAAAAUUCCAUGUAGUACUGAUACAAUUGUAUUACCAGAUAAUAAAUAUUCAUUGAGUAUUAAAUUUCCAAAUGAAAAUGUUAAAAUUAAAAAAAUUAAAAUUGGCUCAUUAUUUAUUGGCACCAAUGAUUGGAAAUUAAAAAUGUAUGGACGUGAAUUUCGUGACAGUCAUCAAAGUGUAAAAUUUUCUGGUUUACAAUAUUGUCCAGAUGAAGAAUGUCUAUGUCGUCAAGAUCCAGAAAGUAUUGAUUUAUUGAUUGGAGAAAUUUGUAAAAUACAAUCAACUCGUUGUAGUAAAAAAAUUAAUUCUUGUGAUGAUCCAUUGAAGGUCGAGGGACACUGCUGUGAUUAUUGUGGAAGUAAAGUGUUGAUUGAUCAUAAGGUUUCUUUGGUUGAACUUGAAGAAUUAUCAAAUGUAGCAUUAAAAAAAUACAAAGACACUCUAUCAUGGCAUGCAAGAAUGACGUGGGAUGAAAACAUGGAGGUUUUGAUUAUGGAAAAUGAUGAAUAUACUGGAAUAAAAAAUCAGGAAGCCAUGAACAUACUUGCCGAGGCAUUGACAGCUAGAGGAAUUGCAGUGAUGGGUAAAAAUUUUUCUGGACCACCAGUUGGAGAUUCAGCUUUAUCAAAAAGCUUGAUAACAAUAUUUUGUAUAUUUUUAGUUUCAAUAAUUAUUGUUUUGAUAGCUUUACCCUACUUUGGCUGGUCUUAUUCCGAAUUAUUUUUAAUUGUGAGAGAUAUAUUUCCAUUGGUCAGAGAUGGCACUCAACCAGUUAAAGAUCAAUCAUCAGAAACAGCAACAUUUGAAUUUGCAAGAUUUCAAAAUGUUGCUGAUGGUGAUAUACAGCUUGCAAGUACUGCAUAUGAUGAAGAUCAAGAAAACCCAAAUGACAAUGAACCCAACGAAAAUCCACAUGAAGGAGGAAAACGUUUUGAAAAUCCACUUUACACAUCAAAAAAACGUCGUCCAAUUGAAGAAUUAAAUAUUAUUGACGUCAAUUCAACACUACGUUUAACUGAUUUACAAAAAAAAAUAAAAAAUCAAACAGACUGUGAUUCAGAAUAAUUUACACUUCUCCUAUUUCAUCAUGGUAUAAUUAAAAAAUCCUUUGUAACAAUUGUUUGCUCGUUUGACGAAAUGACAAAAGAUAUUUUUUUUUAAAUUUUCAAAAGUUCAUACAGGCAAGGAAACAAGAUUAUUUUAUCAACACAUCUUAUUUGCAAAUAUUGAAAAUCAAUACAGCUCUGUAUCACGAAAAUGACAAUGAAACAUAAUAAAAAA